AUUUAUUCAUUGCGACUGUUUCGAUUGUUGACACUAGUGGCAAGCCGCAUCCUCCAGCUCUUGCAGGGGAAGUCUGACACCUUGAGGACAGGAAAGAGGGUGCCAGGCGCCAAGAGAAACCGGAGUGGGAGAAGCUUUGAGAGUUGCAGGGGUCUACUUUUUUCCAGUCGGGCGGCUGGCCGCAUGGGAGCUUGUUUACCGGGCUGGGAGCAGGGCAUUCAUUCAAAAGCUGGGUGUCAGAGCGCACUGAAGACCAACACGCCUGCAUAGCUCUCCCGAAGCCUGGAGGUGUGUCUGGCUUGCAUCCAGGACCACAGGGUGGAUUCUCGCCACCGACUUGGCUGGAUGACGGCUGGCUGGUGGUGAGCUCCCCUACCCACUGGCUGACCUCAAGCAGUUGGCCCGGUAGGUGGAAGCUCUUCGAGGGUAGCCGAGCCGGGGACCGAGCGUUAGCUCUUGCCCGCGCGCGGGUCCCCUCCACCUCCAAGCAGUGUGGUGCGUGGGACGCGCAUCUUCCCGGACUAUCCCUUUCCAGCGAGGUCUGUGCGGACCCCGAGCCAGGCAGCCGCUGGGGACGGAGGGCGGGCUGCCUUUCUCUGGGCUCAUCCGCUGUCAGCCGUGGGAACUCUUAACUUUAUCCAGAGGGAUCUGCCCGGGCGGGGGUGGGAGAGGUUCUCCUCCCCUGGCGUUCACCUCCCCCUCCCGGCCCACCCCUCCCCCGCCUCCCAUGGCUUCGCUUUCAGAGCAUCCUCACUCCGCCCAGUUCGGUGCCAGCUGCGUGGGCUCCAGCUUCAUGCGUUUUCCUUGGAAUGCUCCAAAACUCGGCAGCGACUAAGGGAAUUCCACCGGAAUUUGCCGGGCGUGCUCUUACCCCGCACAGCACCCGCGCGGUCCAUCCUCGGAUCCCAUCACUUCAGCCCGAAGAUUGCAACUUUGCAGAGACAAAGAAAUAGCAUGGCAUGAAACAUGGCUCAAUUCUAUUACAAAAGAAAUGUUAAUGCUCCCUAUAGAGAUCGCAUUCCACUAAGGAUAGUAAGAGCAGAAUCCGAACUCUCACCAUCAGAGAAAGCCUACUUGAAUGCUGUGGAAAAGGGAGAUUAUGCCAGUGUCAAGAAAUCGCUAGAGGAAGCUGAAAUUUAUUUUAAAAUCAAUAUUAAUUGCAUUGAUCCUCUCGGAAGAACUGCUCUCCUCAUUGCCAUUGAAAAUGAGAACUUGGAGCUCAUCGAACUACUCUUGAGCUUCAAUGUGUAUGUUGGAGAUGCUCUGUUACAUGCUAUCAGAAAAGAAGUCGUCGGAGCUGUUGAGCUGUUGUUGAACCACAAAAAACCUAGUGGAGAAAAACAGGUGCCUCCUAUACUCCUUGAUAAGCAGUUCUCUGAAUUCACUCCAGACAUUACACCAAUCAUUUUGGCAGCCCAUACAAAUAAUUAUGAGAUAAUAAAACUCUUGGUUCAGAAAGGGGUCUCAGUGCCUCGACCCCAUGAAGUCCGCUGUAACUGUGUGGAAUGUGUGUCCAGUUCAGAUGUGGACAGCCUCCGUCACUCACGCUCCAGACUCAACAUCUACAAGGCCUUGGCCAGCCCCUCUCUCAUUGCACUGUCAAGUGAAGAUCCUUUUCUCACAGCCUUUCAGUUAAGCUGGGAGCUGCAGGAACUGAGCAAGGUGGAAAAUGAAUUCAAGUCAGAGUAUGAAGAGCUGUCACGGCAGUGCAAACAAUUUGCUAAGGACCUACUGGAUCAGACGAGAAGUUCCAGAGAACUGGAAAUCAUUCUUAAUUACCGAGAUGACAAUAGUCUGAUAGAAGAACAAAGUGGAAAUGAUCUUGCAAGACUAAAAUUGGCCAUUAAAUACCGUCAAAAAGAGUUUGUUGCCCAGCCCAAUUGUCAACAACUGCUGGCAUCUCGCUGGUACGAUGAGUUUCCAGGCUGGAGGAGAAGACACUGGGCAGUGAAGAUGGUGACAUGUUUCAUCAUCGGACUGCUUUUUCCCGUCUUCUCUGUGUGCUACCUGAUAGCUCCCAAAAGCCCACUGGGACUGUUCAUCAGAAAGCCAUUUAUCAAGUUUAUCUGCCACACAGCCUCCUAUCUGACUUUUUUGUUCCUGCUGCUGCUUGCCUCUCAGCACAUCGACAGGUCAGACUUGAACAGGCAAGGUCCACCACCAACCAUCGUCGAGUGGAUGAUAUUACCGUGGGUCCUGGGUUUCAUAUGGGGAGAAAUUAAACAGAUGUGGGAUGGCGGACUUCAGGAUUACAUCCAUGAUUGGUGGAAUCUAAUGGACUUUGUAAUGAACUCCUUAUAUUUAGCAACAAUCUCCUUGAAAAUCGUUGCAUUUGUAAAGUACAGUGCCCUUAAUCCACGAGAAUCAUGGGACAUGUGGCAUCCCACUCUGGUGGCAGAGGCUUUAUUUGCUAUUGCAAACAUCUUCAGUUCUCUGCGUCUGAUCUCAUUGUUUACUGCAAAUUCUCACCUGGGACCUCUGCAAAUAUCUCUGGGAAGAAUGCUCCUGGACAUUUUGAAGUUUCUAUUCAUAUACUGCCUUGUGUUGCUAGCAUUUGCAAAUGGCCUGAAUCAGUUGUACUUCUAUUAUGAAGAAACCAAAGGGUUAACCUGCAAAGGCAUACGAUGUGAAAAGCAGAACAAUGCAUUUUCGACGUUAUUUGAGACACUCCAGUCCCUGUUUUGGUCAAUAUUUGGGCUCAUCAAUUUAUAUGUGACCAAUGUUAAAGCACAGCAUGAAUUUACUGAGUUUGUUGGUGCCACCAUGUUUGGGACAUAUAAUGUCAUCUCUCUGGUUGUUCUACUCAACAUGUUAAUAGCUAUGAUGAAUAAUUCUUACCAACUGAUUGCUGACCAUGCAGAUAUAGAAUGGAAAUUUGCACGAACAAAGCUUUGGAUGAGUUAUUUUGAAGAAGGAGGUACCCUGCCUACUCCCUUCAAUGUCAUCCCAAGCCCCAAGUCUCUCUGGUACCUGAUCAAAUGGAUCUGGACACACUUGUGCAAGAAAAAGAUGAGAAGAAAGCCAGAAAGUUUUGGAACAAUAGGGAGGCGAGCUGCUGAUAAUUUAAGAAGACAUCACCAAUACCAAGAAGUUAUGAGGAACCUCGUGAAGCGCUACGUUGCUGCAAUGAUUAGAGAUGCUAAAACUGAAGAAGGCCUGACCGAAGAGAACUUUAAGGAACUAAAGCAAGACAUUUCCAGUUUCCGCUUUGAAGUUCUGGGAUUACUAAGAGGAAGCAAACUUUCCACGAUACAAUCUGCAAAUGCCUCGAAGGAGUCUUCAAAUUCGGCAGACUCAGAUGAAAAGAGUGAUAACGAAGGUAAUAGCAAGGACAAGAAAAAGAAUUUCAGCCUUUUUGAUUUAACCACCCUGAUUCAUCCGAGAUCAGCAGCAAUUGCCUCUGAAAGACAUAACAUAAGCAAUGGCUCUGCCCUGGUGGUGCAGGAGCCACACAGGGAGAAGCAGAGAAAAGUGAAUUUUGUGACCGAUAUCAAAAACUUUGGUUUAUUUCAUAGACGAUCAAAACAAAAUGCUGCUGAGCAAAAUGCAAACCAAAUCUUCUCUGUUUCAGAAGAAGUUGCUCGCCAACAGGCUGCAGGACCACUUGAGAGAAAUAUUCAACUGGAAUCUCGAGGAUUAGCUUCACGGGGUGACCUGAGCAUUCCUGGUCUCAGUGAACAGUGUGUGUUAGUAGACCAUAGAGAAAGGAAUACGGACACACUGGGGUUACAGGUAGGCAAGAGAGUGUGUCCUUUCAAGUCAGAGAAGGUGGUGGUGGAGGACACGGUUCCUAUAAUACCAAAGGAGAAACAUGCAAAAGAAGAGGACUCUAGUGUAGACUCUGAUCUAAACCUCCCGGACACAGUCACCCACGAAGAUUAUGUGACAACAAGAUUGUGAUACAUAAGGGAGGAAGCGUUUACCAUACACAUACGUAUUUUCUGUAGUGCUCUGGAUGAGGAAAAACGUUUAAAAUUAAAUUAGCAAAUGCUGACUUACACUUUAUAACGUUUAUCAAUUGUGGCAUAUUAACCUGUAAUGUUUAAAUAAGGCAAAGGCAAUCAAAAACCUUUUUGUUUUGUAGCCUGCUUUUGCUUUCACAAUUUGUUUUACAAUUGUUUUUGUUAAUAAAUAAACGCACCUUGUAUUCUUGUACUGUUGCAAUAACCCUCAGAAAAAUUUUAGCUAUCUUUUUCAAUUAAAACAAAGGCAAUUUAUUUCAUGUGGUAGCUGACUCCUAAAAUAGGUAUUUUUAUAUGCAAAAACCAAUGUGGCUGAAAUAUUAAUAGCUUUUCAUAAUUUUUUAGAGUCUCUAGAGAGGGUUACUCACCAAGGACUUUUCACCUAGUCCUACAGUUUGGCUUUAAAACACAAAUAUUACCAAAUGAUUUCUUAAGGACGUGUAAAUAAGUAAUAUACACAAUUAAAGCAAGAAAGUCUUCUCAUGGGUUCAUGUCUAAACCCCCUCAACGUCAGAAAUACUUUGCAGAGUUUUCGGUUUCCAGGGUUUCCUUUCAGUAAGUAAAAGAAGUGUUUGUCUUAAUACAUUCUGAUGAUUGAUGAUUUUUAAGGACAACUCGUCAGAAAAAAAAACUCGCUUCUCUAGUUUUUUAAAAUUAGCUAUUUCAGAUUCAACUGCUUAUCAGUAUAAAUAUGAGUCUUUAUGAAUAACUGAUUUUCAAAAAUAUGGCAAAAUUUCUGUUAUAGAAAAAAGAAACUAUAAUAUUGUAAGCAUCUUAAACAAGCAAGAUGAUUGCAUACUAAUAAUAUCCAAAUGAAGGUGAAUUUCUUCUAACAAUCUAAAUAGAAGUAAACUUGAAUUCCAGUACUUUCAAUCAAUGCAAUGUUGUAAUCAAUUCAAAAGAAGUAUAAAAACCUAUGUAUCUCCUUUUUUCAUCAAUAAUUGGUAUGCAUUUCUUUAAAAUUAAAAUCACUCAAAAAUGUAUUAUUAAUUUUGUCAGCAGAUAUAGAUACAUUUUGCCUAUAGGAACCACAUUCUUAUUUUUUGUUUCUUUUUUCUAUUGUUUGCAAGGCAUUUAGCUUAUUAUAAUUCACUGAACUAUUAUAAGGAAAGUGUUCACAAUUUACAAAAAAUUGGUACUAGAAACUUAAAAUUUAAAUUACAUUGCUCAUGUCCAUUUAAGCCACUGUAGAAAGUUUCUUCACCACUUACAAUUAGCAUUUAUUUCAAAUAAAUAGAAAAAUGCUGAGUUCAUUUUAUUUCAAAAUUACUCUGUGAACCUCAGAAAUUGCAUACGAUUUUUUACUGGCCCCAAACAGCAUAAUAUUAUGGCACUCGGUUUCUGAUUAUCAAAGGUCCAAAAUAAGGAAUUAACAGCAACAGCAAUGCCAGUUUUCGUUCUAUUCCUAUACACCUAUUAACAUAUAGAUACUGCUCUUAACAACACUCUGAAGUAGCUCCUGCUCUUAUCCCCAUUUACAGGUGAUAAAACUGAGACCAGCUCUAACUGGCUAAGGUAACAUAGCUAGUGAUGGAGCUGUGAUGUGUCCAUCAGAGCCAUUCCCUUCACCACUGCAUUGUACUGCCUUUCAGAACACAAAACACCAAGUCAUAAAAUACACACAUACAGGGGUCACCACAGCCGCUUCUGAAGUCCUAGCCAUGAGAGAGAAUGAGUUUGGUAAGCUUCAUAGGUGUCCCUUCUUGAAAUGCAAGAGAAAUGUGCAAAAUAUAAAAUGUGCUGUUUGAGGUCUGUAAGUGAGUACUUCAAGGGUUUUUAUUUCUAUUCAUAUUUCUAUCCACAGAAAUUUCUAAAUGCUACAGAGAAGUUUGAAAUCACCUUCAUUUACAUAAAUAAUGUUUCUGUUUUUCAUGCCCUCUUAAUCCUAAAAAAUCUAUUUUUCUUAAAUUUUGUCCCUGAGUUGGGUGAAGGAGUGUGUUGAAAAUUCAGUUUAAUAGACUAGCAGGUAAGUUUAAAACACUUUGUUAAUCACAGAUAUAUUUCAGAAGCCCCAUUUAUAAGAAAGUAUGCUAUAAAGAUACACCUCAUCAUUUGUAAUAAAGGUUUUCCUUAAAAUUUCUGUGGAAAUAAAUGUAUAUUAAUUUCAGUAAGGAAAUUGGCUAUAUUUUUUUAAAUGGUGGUGAAUUAUCUUGUAAAAUGAAGUAAUUUUUCAAAGUGCUAAACAUCCUCAGAACGAAUCUCUUUCGUGAGCUGGGUAUUUGUGUAUCAAAUAUUCUUAAAUUAGUUACUCCAUUUACUGGGAGGCAAUUAAACUAAUGCAAAAACAUACUCACUUUCUUCCUUGACAGAGACAAAAACUUGAAAUACUUUAGUGAUCAAACAAACUGAUGAAAAGUCAAGGAUAGUAGACUUACCAUACUAUUCUCAAAGAAGCAGAGUCAAAUUUCUAGCAAACAUGGAGGAAAUAGAAGUAACAAUGGCAUAGGAAAAUCUUUUUCUAACAUUUGAUAAUCCUUCGUAACUCUGGGAUUUAGUUGAGUAAAUGACCAUCUAGUCUCACGGCUCUUUAUUGAAGAGCAGCCACCAAGUUUUGAAAUCCGUCCAUUCGUAGGCCUUUUGCAUUGUAUUUUUAGCUGUCUUUGAUGGUCCAUACAGCUGUCUUCCAUACUCAGUGUCCUUAAAACUCAACCUAGGCCGGGCGUGGUGGCUCACGCCUAUAAUCCCAGCACUUUGGGAGGCCGAGGCAGGUGGAUUACGAGGUCAAGAGAUCGAGACCAUCCUGGUCAACAAGGUGAAACCCUGUCUCUACUAAAAAUACAAAAAUUAGCUGGGCAUGGUGGUGCGUGCCUGUAGUCCCAGCUACUCGGGAGGCUGAGGCAGGAGAAUUGCUUGAACCCAGAAGGCGGAGGUUGUGGUGAGCCGAGAUCGUGCCAUUGCACUCCAGCCUGGGUAACAAGAGUGAAACUCCGUCUCAAAAAAAAAAAAAAAAAGAAAAGAAAACUCAACCUAGCAAGAACCAUCCAUUAUGGACCUAUAAAUAUGCUUACAAUGACUCAGAUUUCAGAAGACCAGAACUCUGAAUAUACUUCACCAUUCUGAAAAUUAUUUAUUCUGUUUUUUAUUAUAUAUAUUUUUCUUUCCUUGUAUUAUCCAAAAUUUGGACCUAAAACUAAACGUAGAAUUUAGAAAUUUAAUAUUGCUGGCAUUCCUCUUAAAGUCAACUUCAAAACCAUUAUUCCAAUAAUUUUACAAUGUCUGAAAAGGCAUUUUAUUCAUACAGUGUUAUCACACACCUUUCAAAAUUUAAAUUUUCGAACCAUGUUAAAUAAGUUCACCAUAGAUAACUGGGGAAAGUAAAGCUCAGGGGAUUUAUGGAAAUUAUCUCAAUUUACCCAGGUAUUUGGUGGUCAAAUUGGGUCUUAUAAUCCUCCUCAUCUAGAUAUCUGGAUGAGACAUCACAUUACAAAUGCCUUCAUUACUGACUUUAUUUGGGAAACACUUUGUCUUCUUUGUCCUUGUGGAAGUUGUCCAAACAUUCAAGUUAAAAUUCAGAAUUAAUACCAUAUUAUAUUUUGUUUUUCUACAAAGUUGUGUUGAGAAUUUUUUAAAAGCUGAUUUCUUACUGCUUUCAGAGAAUACACUGUUCAUUUUCCCUGAAAGUGUAGAUUUUAUAACCUAUAUGCAUAUUGGUAAUAAUAAACUAUAUUAAAUAAUAUCAAAACUUCUCAACUGAAAAGCGAUAGAGACGAGCAAUAUAAAGCUGAACUAAGAUUGGGACAAUGGGACCAAGCCUGGGUACAGCCACACCGUUACGAGGCUGACAGCAAAGAUCUCUCUGGAAGUGACAUUCACCAGUAGCAAAACCAUUAAUUUCCUUUUGAGCUGCACUGUUCAAUAAGGUAGCUCCUAACCACAUACGGCUGUUGAUCACUUGUAAGAUCUGAAUUAAGAUGUGCUGUAAGUAUAAAACAUACACCAGAUUUCUAAGACAGUAUGAAAAUAAUGUAAACUAGCUCAUGAAUAUUUUAUAUUGGCUACAUAUUGAACUGAUAGUAUUUAGGAAGUGUUGAUUUAAAACAUACUAAGUCAAUGAGUUUUAUGUUUCUUUUUCCUUUUUCAAUGUGGCUACCAGAAAAUUGAAAAAUGUGUAUGUGGCUUGCAUUUGUGCCUUGCAAUAUAUAUCUGUUGGACAGUGCUGCUCAGGAACAUCUGUAUUUGUUUCAGUCAACUCAUGUAUUUCCAUCAUCUGAAUUACAAAGGUAGAAAAUUCUGUAUUUAAUUACUCAAAAAAACUCUAUGUAGCUCUACUAAAGUCUGCAAUCUCUCCUUGA